UUUCCCGGAAGCAUGUUAUAAAAGAAGUGAAACGAUUACAAACCUCGAACGAUAACUGUAUUGUUAUUGUAGGAUAGAAGAGUACAAUUACUCGAAAACUGGCAUAAAAAGAGGCGCGCGAGCUUUCUGAGAACCUUGAUGACAAAAGUAGGUUCUCCAUCAGGCCUGGCUGCACCUCCACCUCCUCCAGUAUCCGCAUCUGAGUCCUCCGUUCUCUGCCUCGUCACCCAGUUAACAGCCCCGGUGAGCUGAGCUGAGCGGGGCAUCAUCAUCAUCGUCAUCGUCGUCGUCCUCAGGCAUGGCCGGAGUGCGUGGCGGAGGAGGAGGAGGGGUGCUGGGCAGCAGCAAGAUCUGCCAGUUUAAGCUGGUGCUGCUCGGGGAGACGGCGGUGGGCAAGUCCAGCGUGGUGCUGCGCUUCGUCAAGGGCCAGUUUCAGGAGUUUCAGGAGGCCACCAUUGGGGCGGCGUUCCUCACACAGACAGUCUGUCUGGACGACACGACGAUCAAGUUUGAGAUCUGGGACACGGCGGGACAGGAACGCUACCACAGUCUGGCUCCCAUGUACUAUCGAGGAGCACAGGCCGCCAUCGUCGUCUUCGACAUCACUAGCACGGACAGUUUCACGCGAGCCCAGAGCUGGGUGAAGGAGCUCCAGAAACAGGCCAACCCCAACAUCGUCAUCGCUCUGGCGGGCAACAAGGCAGACCUGGCCAACAAGAGGACCGUCGAGUUCCAGGAAGCCCAAGACUAUGCGGACGAGAACGGCCUGCUCUUCAUGGAGACGUCGGCCAAGACAGCCCUGAACGUCAACGAGAUCUUCAUGGCUAUUGCAAAGAAGCUUCCAAGGAAUGACCAACAAGGCGGAAUCGGAACGGGCCGGACUAGAACAGGGGUGGACCUGAACGAGCCCGCCUCCCAGAGCCGCAUGGGCCAAUGCUGUGGCCGGGGCAAUUAGGCUUAACCAAUCACGGAACAAGGGGACACAAAACUGGUUUAAUGGAACAGGAAACAAAAAAGAGACCAGCUACAGGAAAAAAAAUGUUUGUUUUUUUUGUUUUUGUUUUUUUUAUUUUAUUUUUUAAUAUAUACGGUAUAUGUAUACGUAAUAUGUAUUCUGGAAAAAAGAACUUCAGCAUUUAACAACUGAUCCCAGUUGUAAGAAUUCUAAAUGACCCAUCUUAAUAAGCUAGAGAAAGGGACUACAGACAGCUUUUCACUCCUUCUGGAGGGUACUCCAAGAACAUGGUUCAGUGGUAAACGAGUUUAUGUUAACCUUGCUGGUAAAUCAUCUAAUAAAAACCCCUACAGUCCUC